AUGCAUAAAAAAGUCAAACAUUUAAAUAUUAAGUAUGUUUGCGAUGUUAAUGAUUGUAACCAAAAAUUUACAGCAAAACAAUCUUUAAGUAAACAUAAAUCUAAUGUUCAUUCAAACAAUCGAUCAUUUGUUUGUGAUUACAAUAAUUGUCGCAAAGCUUUCGCACAAAAACCUGAUUUAAAGAAACAUCAAUUGUCUGUACAUUUAAAGCACAGACCAUACAAAUGUGAUGUCGAGUAUUGCGAUCAAACAUUUGCAACAAAAGUUCAAUUAAUUUCACAUAAUUUCAAACAUUUAAAGAAAAAACGAUUUCAUUGUUCAGUUAACGAGUGUUUGAAAAGUUUUACAACAAAUCAAUGUUUACGACAACACAUGUCGAGAGAUCAUUCAAUUGAACCCAAAUUUAAAUGUGAUUAUAACGAAUGUGACAAAUAUUAUUGUUCAAAGAAAGAUUUGAAACGACACAAAAUUGUUGUUCAUUUAAAUAUUAAGCCAUUCAAGUGUGAUGUCGACGGCUGUAACAAACAGUUUCCCAAUAAAUGCGAUUAUUCAAGACAUACUAAUAGUCAUAAUGGUAUCAAAUUAUUUAAAUGUGAUGUCAAUGAUUGUAAUAAAGAGUUUGCAUCAAAACAUGGUCUCAAUUAUCAUAAACAUCGGUUUCAUUCAAUUAAUUAA